AUGCCUAUUGAAAUACAACGGGGUGUCGCUCUCGAAAGUGGACGAAAUGAAUGUGAGGGGAAUGAUGAAAUAGACCCAACGGCACAUGCUAAGCUCAUCGAUGGUAUCAACAAUUUAACCGGAUCGCACUUUAUCGGUGAGGCCACGCGUACGGAGCCGUCACUGCAGCGCACGGAGUUUGGUCUUGCGAAGACGAAAGACGAUAAGGUAAGGCUAGCCGAUUUAGCCAAAUUUUUCACAAAAACACAGAAGCACACUUCGGUCGUGAAACAAUUGAAUAGGCUGAAAACGCGAAAUCCUCUAGAGAAACCGCUCUUAAAACCGGUAGCAGAUAGGCUUGUGCGACAAGCAGGCUACCAGCGUGCACAAAAAGACCUGGACAGAUGGGAACCGGUCGUGACAGCUACGAAAGUUGCACCGCAAACCAUAUACCCGCUGCGGUACGGUGGGACAGCCGUGCACGACGAACCACCGAAGCAACUGUCCGAAUAUCGUGUCAAGACGAAGCUGAUGGAGGAAAUAGAAGAGUUAGAAAAGGCAUACGGCGGCGCAGAAGAAGUCGGAGAAAGAGAUUCGGACACGGACUUGCAAAAGUAUGACCUAACACUGGCCGAAAUGCGAGAGCAACAGCGCGAAAGGGCUCGACAGAAGAUUCGACAAUCGUACGAGAUCGCAAAGAACCGGCGAAUGAGCAAGAUCAAGAGCAAAAAGUUCAACCGGUUGUUAAAGAAAGAUAAGCUGAAGCAGCAAAUGAAAAAGUUCGAAGAAAUGAAGGAGAAAGAUCCCGAAGAAGCAUUGCGUCAGCUGGAUCAGAUCGAAAAACAGCGAUUUCAGGAGCGUGUGACGCUGCGUCACAAAAACACUGGCACUUGGGCUAAAAAUCUUCAAGUGCGCGCAAAGUACGACACUGAAGUCCGGCGAGAACUAGCUGAACAGCUGGCGAUUAGUAGAGAAUUAACGGCAAAGCGUUUGCAGCAAGCGGGCAGUAGUUCAGAAUCUGACGACGAACUAGGCACUGUAGACUUAGCCAAUCCGUGGACGCAACACUCGGGGGAAUACGAACGGGCAGCAGUAGAGUCGAAGAAACUCACCAGUGGCUAUCGGAAGUAUUGGGAAGAACGCAAUAAAAUCGAGAAUAUGCAGAAAAAUCUGGCAGUUGAUGAUACGCUUAGCAACGUAACAAAUACCAAUGGAAGAUACGACAACGGGCUGAAAUCGAAUGAUAUUGAUGAAGAACGUUCGACUGACAACAUAAUUAAGCCUGUCCGGUUCGAAAAGAGUGGCAAAAAAAGGAAAGAAAAAAUCAUUAUGGCAUCUGGAUGUUGGAACGUUGAGGAUGUAGAGAUUGAAGAAAAGCUGACACACAAAGUUUCACAUUUGAAGCCCAAAAUAAAGAAGAAAGUAAAGGAUCCUGUUCCCAACGUAGAGCAACUGUUUCAAGAGGCCGAAGAGCUCAUACAAGACAUGGUGGAGAACAAAUUGGAACAGGUACAAGGGAAGUUGUUGCAUGAAGAGGAGCUUCAACGGGAUGCAUGCUUCCGGAAUCGGAGCACGAAGCAAAGAAACGGUUCGAGUGAUUUAAGCUUUAAGCAAAAAGCUUCCUUAGCCGAUGCAGAUGAGCAGUUGAACGAGACGACCGAUGCAGAUGCUGCAGAUCGAUCCGAAAAUUCGGUGUUGCCAACGAUGAACGAGCUGCAAAGGUUGAAUGGCGAAAAAUCUUCAACGGUAUCAGUCCAGCCUGUGAAGUCGAUGGCAGAGAUCAGCAUGAAGAAAGUGGUGCAGAUGAAACCGAAACAUCUGUUGACUGCUCUACCGGACACGGUCAUGACCGGAGAGCUUUCGGAUGAUGAGGUGACUUCAAGUGAUACCCGCAGGUUGACUAUUGCAGAAGCCUUCGAGGAUGAUGACAUUGUGGCAGAUUUUGCCAAAGAGAAGCAGGACGCGCGCGACAAAGAUCUUCCCCAAGAAGUAAACCUAUCGCUGCCGGGAUGGGGUCAAUGGGCUGGGCCAGGAAUUAAACCACGGAAACCACGUCAAAACGCUCGAAAAAUCUUCAAACCACCUAAAGAACUGCCUCGGCGUGAUGACAACCGUGACCAGGUGAUCAUUAACGAGGAUGCUCUAAAGAAUGAACAGCUUAGCAAACACCUGAUCAACGAGGUGCCGUUCCCGUUCGUCACGGUGAAGGAUUACGAAGCAUCGCUGAGGGCACCGAUCGGUCGUACGUUCAUUCCUGAAACGGCGCAUGCUGCUAUGGUAGAACCACGCGUAGUCACCAGACAGGGUACCGUGAUCGAGCCGAUGAAGAAAGAGAUUCUACUGGAGAAACCCAAAGGACUACGGCAAGUAGGGAAACGGUUGCGUAGUGCGGCAUCAGAACAGUUCGACGCGUUCGUCGAUAGUGAGAAAUUAGGAGAAGGAAAAAAAUCGAAACAAGUACGCUAAGGCUUUAAGAAGGGAGU